GGGCAGGUGUAGCUGCCACAGCGGGACCAACACUCUGACCCCGCCAUGGAUGGCAGCAAGGAGCCCAGGCUCAGAGACUUCCUGAGUGGGAGCCUGGCCACCUGGGCGCUGGGACUGGCUGGGCUGGUGGGAGAGGCUGAGGAGCCUGAGGAGGAAGAGGAGGAGGAGGUAGAGGGGCCCUUGUGCCCCGAGAGGAGGUUCUUGCAUCUCAGCAGCGGGGCCCUGCUCCUCCGGGUGCUGGGCAUGAUUGCCCCCAGUUCCCGAGGGGGACCUCAAAUGGUCAGGGGCCACUGUGGUCCCGCAGCCACAAGGGUGCGGAACCUGAGCCACCUGUGGGGCUGCCUGAGGGACUUCUACCAGGAGGAGCUCCAGCUGCUGAUCCUGUCGCCGCCCCCAGACCUGCAGGCCCUGGGAUUCGACCCCUUCUCAGAGGAGGCGGUGGGGGAGCUGGAAGGCGUCCUUCGGCUGUUGUUGGGGGCAUCAGUGCAGUGUGAGCACCGAGAGCUCUUCAUCCGGCACAUCCAGGGCCUCAGCCUCGAGGUCCAGAGUGAGCUGGCUGCUGCCAUCCAGGAGGUGACCCAGCCUGGAGCUGGCCUGGUGCUGGCACUGGCUGGGCCUGAGCCCGGGGAGCUGGCGUCUCCUGAGCUGGAGAUGCUGUUCCGGAGCCUGAUGGGGACCCUGCUGAGGCUGGCGAGAGAGCGUGAUGCGGAGGCCCAGCGACUGGCUGAACUGCUGCUGGAGCGAGAGCCAGCCCCUGUAUUGCCUCAGGCUCCUGCUAGGACUCCCCCGGAGGGCCCUUCACACCAUCUGGCCUUGCAGCUAGCCAACACCAAGGGCCAGCUGCGGCGUCUGCGGCAGGAGCUGGAGGAGAAGGCCGAGCUGCUGCUGGACUCCCAGGCAGAGGUGCAGGGCUUGGAGGCCGAAGUUCGAAGGCUCCGCCAGGAGGCCCAGGCGCUGUCAGGACAGGCCAGGCGGGCCGAGCUGUACCGCGAGGAGGCAGAGGCGUUGCGGGAGCGGGCCGGCCGCCUGUCCCGCCUGCCGGAGGAGCUGCGACGCUGCCGGGAGCGGCUGCAGGCUGCAGAGGCCUGCAAGGGCCAGUUGGAGGAGGAGCGGGUGCUCUCCGGGGCCCUGGAAGCCUCGAAGGCUCUGCUGGAGGAGCAGCUGGAGGCUGCUCAAGAGCGCUGUGCUCGGCUGCAUGAGACCCAGCGUGAGAACCUGCUGCUUCGGACUCGGUUGGGCGAGGCCCAUGCGGAGCUGGAUUCUCUGCGGCAUCAGGUGGACCGGCUGGCACAGGAGAACGUGGAGCUGGAGCUGGAGCUUCAGCGGAGCCUGGAGCCACCACCCCCGCUCUCUCCUGGGGAGGAACCCCUGCCAGGAGCUGCCCCCUCGCUGCAUGAUGAAGUGAGGGAGGCAGAGGCUGGGCGACUGCGGGUUCUGGAGCUGGAGAAUCAGGAGCUUCGAGGUCUGCUCCAGGUGUUACAGGGGCAGCCAGAUGGCCAGCACCCCCUGCUGGAGGAGCAGAAUGAGGACUCCUUGGUUCCAGAGCUGGACCCGGCUCCCCAGACUUGCCUGGCCUCGGACCAUGACACCCAUGGCUUGGCUGGCCUGGUGGGGGAUGAAUGCCCCGAGGCCUCGGAUCUGGCUCCCUUGGUAUCAGGCUCAGUCCCUGAAGGACUUGCUGAGUGUUCCCAGGCAUCAGAUUCAGACCCACAGGGGAUGGAAAGAUCCCUUCAGAUGGCUGCCAUGGCCCCCCAGACCUCAGACUUGACCCCCCAGGAGUCGGGUCCUGCUGCGGAGACAAAGGAGUCCUUGGAGAAGGCUGGCCAUGGAGCCCCUCUCCAGACCUCUGCCUCUGUGGCUCCACUUCAGGAUCCAGAGAUCAAAAUCCAGGCCCACCUGAUGCCGGGAGGAGAGACUGGGGAGUCCGGGCCUGAGGCCCAGGGGCUGAGACAGGCAGGCCCCAAGAACAAGCCCGGACCCUGGGGACUCAGCCUCCGUGUUCAGCAGAGGAAGCAGGAGACCCCAGGCCAGGGGCUGGACCCACCCAAGGGGCAAACAGAGGCCAGAGAGCACGAACAGGGGCUGGAGGGGACGGUUGGAGGCCCAGACCAGCAAAAAAGACAGUGGAAGCUGGAAGGGGCUCCUGAGACCCAGGCCUGGGAGAAGCCCACCCCAGAGGAGACCCUGGCCAGUGGUGUCCCACAGCAGGGGGCUCUCAGGGAGGAGGUGGCACGGCUGAGGAGGGAGGCUGAGGCCUGUCAAGCUGAGCUGGAGGCCCUGGCCCGGAGGCUGGAGGCCCGAGGCACGGAGGCCACCCGCCUCUCUGAGGAACUGGCUCAGGCACGGAGCGCAGAGGCUGAGGCUCACCAAGAGGUGGAGGCCCAGGCCCAGGAGCAGGCCCGGCUACGGGAGGCAGUGGAGGCAGCUGGCCAGGAGCUGGAGGCUGUGUCGCGGGAGCGGGAGGCGCUGGCAGAGGCACUGGCAGCAACCGGCCGAGAGCGGAGGCAGUGGGAGCGUGAGGGGCCCAGGCUGCGGGCCCGGGCUGAGGCAGCUGAGGAGCGGCUGCAAGUGCUGGAGGCUGAGAGCUGCCGGCAUCAGCAGGAGGCCAACAGGGAGAGGCAGGCCCUCAGGGAGGAACUUGAAAAGGCUGUGGUACGGGGCCAGGAGCUGGGGGCCCGGCUGGAGCGUCUGCAGAGGGAGCUGCAACAGGCGGCUCAGGAGCGGCAUGAAUUUGUGCAGGACCAAGAGUUCCAGCAGCAGAGGUACCAGGCCCUGGAGCAGCGACUGGAAGCUGAGCUGCAGGCGGCGGCCACUGGCAAAGAGGAGGCACUGAUGGAGCUCAAGACGAGGGCCUUGCAGCUGGAAGAAGAGCUGCUCCAGCUGCGAGAGGGCCCUGUGGGGCUCAAGGAGCACACUGAUCCCAGGAUCACGGGGGCCCAGAGCGGGCGGCUCAUCGAGGUGGAGCGCAGUAAUGCAACGCUGGUGGCUGAGAAGGCAGCUCUGCAGGGGCAGCUGCAGCACCUGGAGGGGCAGCUGGGAAGCCUGCAGGGACACGCACAGGAGCUGCUGCUGCAGAGCCAGCGGGCGCAGGAGCGCAGCAGCCGCCUGCAGGCUGAGAAGUCUAUACUGGAGAUGCAGGGCCAGGAGCUGCACAGGAAGCUGGGGGUGCUGGAGGAGGAGGUGAGGGUGGCACGGCGGUCCCAGGAGGAGACCCGAGGACAGCAGCAGGCCCUGCUGCGGGACCACGAGGCCCUGGCACAGCUGCAGCGGCGGCAGGAGACCGAGCUAGAGGGACUGUUGGUCCGGCACCGUGACCUCAAGGCCAAUAUGCGGGCACUGGAGCUGGCCCACCGUGAGCUGCAGGGCCGGCAUGAUCAGCUGCAGGCCCAGAGGGCCAGUGUGGAGGCACAGGAGGUGGCCUUGCUGGCAGAGCGUGAACGCCUGAUGCAGGAUGGGCAGCGGCAGCGGGGCCUGGAGGAGGAGCUGCGGAGGCUCCAGAGUGAGCACGACAGAGCGCAGUCACUGCUGGCCGAGGUGUCCCGGGAGCGCGGGGAGCUGCAGGGUGAACGCGGGGAGCUCAGGGGUCGGCUGGCACGGCUGGAGCUGGAGCGGGCACAGCUGGAGGUGCAGAGCCAGCAGCUGCGGGAGUUCAACCAGCAGCUGGACCUGAGCACCUGCCGGCUGACCACCCAGUGUGAGCUGCUGACAGAGCUGAGGAGCGCCCAGGAAGAGGAGAACCGGCAGCUGCUGGCUGAGGUGCAGGCGCUGAGCCGGGAGAACCGGGAGCUCCUGGAGCGCAGCCUGGAGAGCCGCGACCACCUGCACCGGGAGCAGCGGCAGUACCUGGACCAGCUCAAUGCCCUGCGCCGUGAGAAGCAGAAGCUGGUGGAAAAGAUCAUGGACCAGUACCGUGUGCUGGAGCCUGGGCCCCUGCCCCGGACCAAGAAGGGCAGCUGGCUGGCAGACAAGGGUGCCCUUCACCAGCACCCGUGCGCCGGGCCCAAAGCUCCCUGUGCCUACGGGAUGAGACCCUGGCAGGUGGGCAGCGACGGAAACUCAGCUCACGAUUCCCUGUGGGGCGAAGCUCUGAGUCAUUCAGUCCCGGAGAUACGCCCCGACAGCGAUUCCGACAGCGCCGGCCAGGUCCCCUGGGCGCACUCAACUCCCAUGGCAAAGGACCUGGCGUGGGAUGGGAUGGCUCUGUUGAGACCCUGGCCGAACACGAAACAGAUGUUAACCGAGAGGGCCUCAAGGUGCAAGAACCGGAGAAACGCGCUCUGGCCCCUUCCCUCAGCCAGUGAGACCAAGACGACAGGGAGCUUGGGAGUGGAUUCUUCUCACUGCUGGAGUCUCAGUGGGGGCCCCAGGCAGGCCAGGAUUGUUGGAGUUAAGGACACCUGUGGUCAGUUCUUGGACAAGGAAGCCUGGGCCUCUGGAUCCCCCAAGGUCUGCACUAGGGUCUUGAGAUGGAGCUGGGGUGAACCUGUGGACCGGGAGAUGGCUGGCACCCACAGACAGCUCCUUGCCGCAGCACGGGGAUGAGACCCUCGCUGAGGAGGUGGGCCAUGGGGGACCCCCCCAGGAGGCAGGCCCGAGUGGGUAAGAGAGCUCCCUGCCCCGUCUAGGUGGGGAGCUGAGGACCAUUCCAUGGAGACAGUGGCCUGGGCCCGUCCCUGAGCCUUAUCUGGGUUGUGAGGCACAGGAGAAUAAAGCUGGGAUACAUUA